AUGACAACUGCAAGUAUUCGGGAUGCUGUCGCUGCCGCUCUGAAGGAACAUAAACCGUCGGGUCCAGUGUGUUAUAAGACAGCUGGACUGAGAUGUCCGGCUUCGAACCUCACUGGUGUCGCUUUUCGUUUCGGUGUACUUGCCGCGGUUCGAUCUCUCGAUCGGGGUCAGUUUGUCGGUGUGAUGGUGACUGCUUCUCAUAAUCCGUCCUGUGACAAUGGGAUCAAAUUAAUCGACCCCGAUGGGGGCAUGCUAAAAACCGCUUGGGAACCGCUCAUAGCGGAGUUCAUGGAGUGUUCGGAAUCAGACGGUUCACACUGGAUUGCCGGACACAUGCGAGAUCCAGAAAGUAGGUUUGAUUCCCUCAAUUAG